AACUACACUACCCAGCAUGCAACGGGAGUUAUGAGCAUGCGCGGUAGCCAGAGAUGUGGUGGUGUAUGUGGCCAUGCCGGGAGCUAGAAUGUUGUGAUGAGCACGCUUUAUGAGUAAACGUUUAGAACUCAGCCAACACGCCUCGUCUGGAUUAUUUACAAAAAGACAGACAACACAUGGUGUCAGAAGUGGCCGUGAGCAGCGUCGGACGGAAUGUUUGCCACGAGGGAGCCACGAAAGACGAGCGGAAGGAAGAUGUCUCCGGUCGCGUGAGUGAAAACGUGCGAAGGACGCCACAUUCCUGAGGAGUUUGCUGCGUGUGUGAAGACUUUGAGUGGCGGUAAAGUGACACAGAGGACAAGGGACAGAUUGAACGAAUAGAAGAGGAUCUUGUGCCCGAGUUGGAGGAAAGCCAACAACACAAAGAGCUGUGGAGUCCCGGUAACUACCCCAAAGUACAGCCAUGGAAAAGCUAAGUCCACCUAGCCCAAUGCUACUAAAUGCUAAUCUUGCCGAUAACUGGAAGCGUUUUAAGCAAAGAUUUAAUAUAUAUUUAGCAGCAAGCGGAGCAGGAGCUGAUAAUGAAAAGCUGAAAGCUCACAUUCUUUUGCAUGUUAUUGGAGAAGAUGCUUUGGACAUAUAUAAUAGCUUUCAGCUGGAUGAAGCUAAUUUGACUCUGGAACAGCUAAUGACAAAGUUUGAAGAAUACUUUGUGCCUCGUCAAAACGUGACAUUUGAGAGGUAUAAGUUUUUCACACAUGACCAAAAGCAAGGAGUACCUUUUGAUCAGUACAUGGCAGAGCUUCACACGCUAAGCAAAACAUGUGAAUUUGACACUCUGAGAGACUCAUUAGUGAGAGAUAGAAUUGUUUGUGGUACAAUGGAUAAUGCACUGAGAGAAAGACUGCUUCGAGAAACUGGGCUUACGUUAGAUAAGUGUGUCAGUAUGUGUAGAGCAGCUGAGACCACCAGAGCUCAAGCAAAAGAGCUACGGAGAGGUGAAACAACAGUGCAUGCCAUACAUAAAGAACAAUGGAAAAAUAAAAUGUGUACCAAACAAAAGGAUCAAAAAGACAAAUCCAUGGAAUUUAAAUGUGGUAAAUGUGGAGGCAGCCACAAGCCGAAAUAUUGUCCUGCAUAUGGAAAAACAUGUAACAACUGUGGAAGGAGCAAUCACUAUGCAAAGUGUUGCAAAGCAGCUUCAAGAAAGAAAGUUCACACAGUUGAAGAAGAUGAUGAUAAGGAGGAGUUUAUUGUCAAUGUGGUGCAAGCAUGCACAAUUGAAAAAGAAGAAUGGAUUGUUCCAAUUACAGUGAAUCAGACAACAAUACCAUUCAAGUUAGAUACAGGUGCUCACGUAAACCUGCUAUCUUUGGAAGAUUACAAAACACUGACUGUAAAGAGCAAAAUCCAUCCAGUAAAAACCAAAGUAAGUGGAUACACUGGAGAACGAGUUCCUGUUAAAGGCGGAUGUAUUGCAACUUUUAAACACAAGGGUCGACAAAUGAGAGCACAGCUACUGAUCGUGGAUAUGAGUGUACAACCAAUCCUGGGACUCAGUGCAUGCACCAAGCUCAAUCUUGUCAAAAGAGUGUUUGUGGUGACAUCUCAAGAAACUACAAAUGCUCAGGACACACUCAUGGAAGAGUAUAAGGACUGCUUUCAAGGACUUGGAUGUCUACCUGGACUACAUAAAAUAUGUGUAGAUAAAAAUGUGUUUCCUGUUGUGCACCCAUGCAGGAAAGUCCCAUUUGCUCUGCGUGAAAAACUGAAAGAUGAACUAGCGCGAAUGGAAAAGUUGGGAGUCAUUAAAAGAAUAGAUGAGCCAACUGAAUGGGUCAGCUCGCUGGUUGUUGUGCAAAAGAAAACAGGUGCCCUAAGAAUAUGCUUGGAUCCAAGAGACCUAAAUAAAGCAAUCAGAAGAGAGCAUUUCAAGUUACCAACCAGGGAAGAGAUCAUGGCACAAUUUGCUGGAGCAAAAUGGUUCAGCAAAUUAGAUGCUUCAUCAGGUUUCUGGCAGAUGAAGCUUGGCGAGGAGAGUUCAAGACUGUGCACAUUUAACACCCCGGAGGGCAGGUACAGGUUUCUUCGUCUACCAUACGGCAUCUUGUCAGCGCCUGAAGUAUAUCAUAAGACCAUUCACAUGAUUUUUGAGCACAUACCCGGAGUUGAGACAAUGAUGGAUGAUAUCAUAGUGUGGGGCUCAACCCGAAAAGAACACGACGAAAGACUGAGACAAGUGCUAGACAAGACAAGGGAGGUGAACCUGAAACUUAACAAAGAAAAAUGUGAGUUUGGAGUGAAGUCACUUACCUUUGUGGGAGAUGUUGUGAGUGAAGAGGGCGUGAAGCCAGACCCGAGAAAAACUUCAGCAAUCAACAACAUGGAAAGGCCAACCAACAAAGAUGAGGUCAGACGUUUCCUGGGGAUGGUCACCUAUCUUGCCAAGUUUGUCCCACAACUGUCAACACAGUCAGCACCUCUCAGGAGUCUUCUUGAACAAAAGAAUGAAUGGAUAUGGUCCCACGAGCAAGAACAAUGUUUUCUGAAACUGAAAGAGACUCUUACACAGGAGCCCGUGUUAAAGUUUUAUGACCCCGAGAAGAGCACCAGGAUCUCGGCAGAUGCAUCGCAGUACGGCCUGGGAGCAGUGCUACUGCAGCAACAUGAAGAGCAGUGGCUACCUGUCGCCUAUGCUUCCAGAGCACUGACAAGUGCAGAGACCAGGUAUGCUCAAAUUGAAAAAGAACUGUUAGCAAGUUUGUAUGCAUGUGAGCGUUUCCAUCAAUAUGUAUAUGGACAGAUGUUUCAAGUGGAAACCGAUCAUAAACCGUUGGUGUCUAUCAUGAACAAACCGUUGAAUGAUUGUCCAGUACGAAUACAGCGCAUGCUAAUUCGACUGCAAAAAUAUGACGUGCACAUGAUAUAUACACAAGGAAAAUAUAUGUACACAGCCGACACAUUGUCUAGAGCAGUGGACAAGAGAGAACUUGCAGACAGUGAUAAUAGCACAGAGAUACAGGCAUAUGUAGAUAUGGUAGUGACAUCUUUGCCGGUGACUGCAGACAGAACAGAACAAAUACGGAAAGAGACUAUUGCUGAUGAAACUAUGAAAGAACUCAAGAGCACAGUACAGAAUGGAUGGCCUGACAACAAAAAGGAUUGCCCCUUGAAAAUACAAGACUACUGGAAUUGUAGAGCUGAGCUUACAGUGGUGGAUGACAUAGUGCUAAAAGGGAGCAAAUUUGUUAUUCCGUACUCACUGCGCAAACAGAUGCUCGAAAAGAUACACGAAGGCCACCUCGGUGAAGUCAAGUGUAAAAGGAGGGCUAGAGAAGUAAUGUUCUGGCCAAGGAUCAAUCAGGAUAUUAGCCAAACAACAGCGUCAUGUGGAGUUUGCCGAACUUACAGGCCAAAACAACAAGCGGAGCCACUGAUGACUCAUCCAGUGCCCCACAGACCUUACUACAAAGUAGGAACGGAUCUAUUUGACUUUGAUGGAAGGAGCUACGUGGUAGUCACAGACUACUUUUCAAACUAUCCGGAAAUUGGAGCGUUGCAGUCAACAACGAGCAAAGCAGUUGUCAGUUAUUUAAAGACUGUUUUUGCCAGACAUGGUGUUCCAUGCGAACUGUUUUCCGACAAUGGUCCCCAGUUUUCUAGCUGUGAGUUUGCUGCCUUUGCCAAGGAAUGGGGGUUUCAACACUCCACAUCAAGUCCAACUUAUCCAAAGUCCAACGGCUUGGCAGAAUGCUCUGUAAAAACAGUAAAAAACCUGUUAAAAAAAUCACAGGACAAAGAUGACUUUCAGAAAAGUUUACUGAUCUACCGUAGUGCACCUCUACAAAAUGGACUGUCACCCGCCCAAAUGCUGAUGGGUAGGCGCAUUCGCUCCAACCUACCAGUCAACGAGGAUUUGCUGACACCCAAAGGCGCACACAAAAUCAGACACACUAAGGAAGUACAAAAAGCGAAGCAAAAACAGCUGCAUGAUAGAACGGCAAAACACCUGCCUAUGCUGAGGCCAGGAGACGUCGUGCGUCUCAGAGACAUUUCUACAGGCACCUGGAGACAAAAAGGACAGGUGGAAGAGGAAGUUGCUCCACGUUCGUAUAGGAUCCAGAUGGAAAAUGGACCGACUCUGAGAAGGAACCGCACGGAUCUUCAACUACAGCUGACUGAAGGCAACAUUGCAGCUCAGGAGAAGGCUCAACAGGACUCAGCUGGACCUGCAGAACUUGCUGACACGGAGCCUGACCUUGCUGACCAAGGACUGACAGCAGCGUCCGCGUCACCUGCUGUUGAGAGACUGUCUAACUCUAGACCGAAGAGACAUGUUCAGCCACCAAAGAGGCUGAUUGAGACUUGUUAAGGAUUCUGAGGUCUUGAGAGUUUAAAAAAAAAAAGUGUUGACAUAACUGUUUAUGUGUCUUUGUUGAAAGAGAUGUCUAUAAAGAGAAAAUUAUAUGAUUGCAAAUGUGGUUACAAUGCUAAACAAAAAAAAAAAAUAACACUUUGUUGAGUUAAACACUAUUUCUUUAUAGGGGGGAAGAUGUGAUGUUAUGUUCCAGGUAAUAUAAGAACUACACUACCCAGCAUGCAACGGGAGUUAUGAGCAUGCGCGGUAGCCAGAGAUGUGGUGGUGUAUGUGGCCAUGCCGGGAGCUAGAAUGUUGUGAUGAGCACGCUUUAUGAGUAAACGUUUAGAACUCAGCCAACACGCCUCGUCUGGAUUAUUUACAAAAAGACAGACAACACAAAAACAAGACAAAGCAAGGCCAAGUAAGGCAAGGCAAAAACACAAGAAACCACAACACCAUCACUGGAACAAUGAACCAGCAUUGCAAGAAAGGCGACACCGGCAGAUUAGGAUAGGAGAGUAAAACAGGCUUCAUAAGCAGUAGUGAAAUCACAGAAAGAAAGACCAAAAACAGGAAGUGGAACCAUAAUAAAAGCACAGGACAGGAAAAAACACUAAACACAGGAAAAAUAAUGUUCAAAACAAUCAUUAUGGAUCAUGGCCAAUACAGUUUGUUCUUUGCACUUCCAUCACAGUCUAGUUUGGCUCUACCAACAAACUCUCGUGCACUAGGGGGCGAUUGUGGUCAUU